CAUAUAAUAGAAACGCUUACUCAUAACCUAAGUUUCAUAUAGUUUCCCGGCGCCGUUGUGCGAGAGCCGACGCGCUCACUUAUGGUUAUUUAUUUAAUGGCUGGUGACAUGCGAACAAACACUUGUUUUAUUUGCAUCGAAAAUGCAAUAAAGGGUGUUCUUUCAAUGAAAAUCUCAUCAACUUACCUAUAAACCAUUGAUUUCGAUAGGUUUAAGUGAAAUUUACAAUAAUACAUGCCUCAUAAGAGGAUACAAUGUGUUUAAAUACGUACAAUCUUGUGUACAUAGUUUUUGACGUUUUUCAAAUAACUAUCUUGAGUUUUUAAUUAAAAACCGAAAUUCUGGUUAACGAGUGGGCUCUAAGGUUUAUAAUUUAAAAAAAAAUGGCAAGCUCUGAUCUGAAAGCAUUAUUUGAUAAUCCAGAAUUUCUCUCAAAAUUUCAAAAUUUAAUCAAUGAACAUCGUAUUAAUGAGGUAAUUGGGAAAAGUGAUAUAAACUCAAAAAAUAAUAAAAGACAGUUUGUAGAAAAUAAUACGAAAGAAGUUUAUAAAAGAAGAAAAGUUGUAAAUCAAUCACCCCAAAAACAAAAUGACUCUAUUCAGGAUGUCAAAUCAUUGCUACAAGAUAAAGAUAUACAGAAAAAAAUAGCCCCUUAUGUUAGCAAAUGUAUACAACUUACAGAUAAUUCUACAGAUAAUUAUAAUAAUUCUUCUGAUAAAAACGUAGCCGAAACCAUUCAGAAAAAUGCAAUAUCUAUUGAUACAAAUGAAGAUAACAAAGACAUUAGGCCUAGAAUGGGAGAAAUUAGAUUUCUAAAUCACAGUGCUGCAAUGAUGAAGCCUCCAAGUAAACCACAUAGUAACGUUAAAAUUAUGCAAAAAAUUGAACAACAUGGAUUAGAACUACAUUUUACAGAUAAAAAACAUACAGACAAGCAAACAAAUUUUCAUGAUAAAGAUGAAAUAAAAAUUGUAAAUACAAUAGAAAAUAAUGUUAAUCCCCAAAGUGCUAGUGCUGUUGUGAACAAAAAAAUAAUAAAUGAUUCAUUAAUAAAAAGUAAAAUAAUAAGAUUAGUCCCUAUCCAAAUGAUUAAGAAUAGGCAUAUUUUACCUAAUAGAACCAAUUUAACUGAUAAAAGCAUAUUGGAAGAAUCUAUAACUGAUUUAGGUACUCAAUAUAAUGAAGAAAAUUGUGAAGUGUCACAAUCAGAUGAUAUUUAUUAUUUAAGUAUGGCAAAUGCUUUAAAUAUAUCAUCAGAUAAUUCAGAAAUUUUACCAAAAAAAAAUGUCACUUCCAAUAUUUUAAAUAAUUCAUAUAUUAACAAUUCCAUUAUUACGGUUGCACCAAAUACAUCAACUCCAGAGCUUGAACCAAAAGUCUUAAAUCCAAUUAUCAAAAGCAGUGAUUAUAAAAAAACUAAUUUGUCUAGUAAAAAAUUGAAAUGUUUUACUAUUCCUAAUUGUAAAAUUGGAAAUCAGAGCAGUAAAACAAAUCUCAAUAAUGUUGAUUUAGUAAACAGUCAGAAUAGAUCUACUUUACUUGUAGUAAAUGACAAUAGUAAACAGUCUGUUAAAAUACAAAAUGUACAGAAAAAUAUUGGUUCCAAACCAGUUAUCAAAAGCAAUGAGAAAGUGAUUCAAGGCAAAAUAAUACUAGAAGGCAAAACUAUUAGAAAGAUUGGAAAUGACAUUAAUGACAGUCUUGUAAUUGAUAUCAGUGAUAGAAUUAUAACAAAAGCCAAUACAACAGAUUCUUUUAAAUUACCUAAAAUUGAAAGUGUAAUGUCGUAUGCUGAAAGUUUACCAAAAAUUACAAAUGUAACUUCAUGUGUUACAAGUAUUACAAACAUUGAAAACACAGUUACACAUACUACAGACAUACAAAGCACGGAAGAUAUUUCUCUCGCUGAAAGAAUUUCUGCAGUUUCUAAAAAUUCUCAUGAAAAAAUUCUCAAAAUUACAAAACCAGCCACAAAAAUUAAAAGUAAACGGAACUUACAAAAUAAAGUUAUGGAACAAGUCAAAGACAUUAACAAUAAAAUUAAAAAGAAUAACAAGUUUUUAACUAGCAGUAACACAGUAGAUGCCACAAUUGAAGAGGUUAUUGCUCAGGCAGUAAAUUCAAUGGUAUUGAAUAAAAAUAAAUCUCAGGAAAGUCUAAAUUUACAUAUUAAUAAGUUGAAUAAAAAAAGCUCUCCAAGAACGGGGCUUAAAGUUCUAAAGCCAGUUAAAAGAAUAGAGUUAGCUAAUAGUGACAUACAAAGCAAUACUGAUAAUGUUAACUUUGUAAUAGAAGAAUCUGUUGAUAGAUUAGGUCUACCAAGUAUCAGGAAUGUUGUGUCUUUGGCUACAGAUCUUGUAUUUGAUGAUUGUCUAAAGGAAGCAGAUCAAGAGUUAUCAAGUAGCAAUCAUUUAUAUACUGCAAACAAUCCAGAAAAGAAACUUAAAUUUCUAAACCCGUUUGUAAGAGACAAAGAUGGAUCUCAGUUAUCAAGUAAAUCAUUUGAAAAUCUGGAUGUAGACUUGCAAACUGGAAAUGAUGAUUUUAAUUUUGCCAUAGAGUCUCUCAUUGAAGAUAUAAGUAAAAAAAAAUUAGAUAAAAAAUCACUUAUUAAAAAUAAAGUCUCUCAUCCAUCUCCACGAAAACAGUUUAGUGUAUCAAAUGUCAGAAAUCGAAGACUUAAUGUUUUGAAAUCUGUAAGCAGAAAAAAAAGGGAUAAGCGUGAAGCUAAGUUUACUGAAAAGAAGGUUCAAAUCAUUGACAAUAGUAUUAAAAAUGAUAUAAUCAAUAUUGAAGAUGGUGUCCAAAAUGGCAUAGAUAAUGUUGAAAGUACUAUUAAGAAUGGCAUAGAUAAUCUUGAAAAUAGUGUUCAAAGUGGCAUAGAUAAUAUUAAAAGUAUUCUUCAGUGUGGUAUAGAUAAUGUUAAAAGCACUGGUCAGAAUGAUGUAGAUAAUAUUGAUACAACUAUUCAGAAUGGCAUAGAUAAUGUUAAAGCCACAAUACAAAAUAGUAAAGGUAAUAUUGAUAUGAUGGAGAUGAAUUUAGCAGAUUUUAACUUGAUAGACACAAAGUUGACAUUUGUGAACAGUGAAUAUAAUGAUGCCUCUUUUGAUAAAAGUAUACCGAUUAAAAUGGAUAUUAUACCUAAUAAAUUAUCACCUAUGAAAUCACUUGAGGAAGAUUUAUCUAAUAUGAACAGCUUUGCAAAAGAGCAAACUGUAUCUGUUGAUAGUUAUAUUGCAGAGUUACUACCAGACAACAAGACUGUUGUUGAAGAAUCUUUAGAUGGCUCAAUGAGAAUUGUAGAAGAAUCAGAGGAGCUUCUAGAAGAAGUACCAUUGCAUCAAAGGAGAUGUAACAAUUUCUAUGUUAAAGUUCCAACCGGGGAGGAGCUCGGUAACAAUAUCGACCUCGCAGAGUAUGAAAAAUUUUUCAGCAUACAGGACGAGAAUUAUUCAACAAAAAAGACUCAGAAAGUAGAAAUAGAAUCACUUGAUAACGAUGAAGAUAUUGAAGGCACACCAGGUAAACGUCGCACUAAAUGCUCCAAGUGUGACAGAACUUUUGUGAACUCAACUAAUCGUAAGAUUCACGAGGCUACGUGUGAAGUUACUGAUCCUCAAAGUUCGGAAUGUUCUAAAUGUGGUAGAUGGUUUGCCAGAACCGCUUAUCGGAAAAUCCAUGAGAAAAAGUGUCAAAAGGUGUACGGUACUAUCGAGGUUCCUGUCACGCCACUUAGCGAUGUUCUUAGAUGUGCCAUGUGUCCUUUUAAUACUGGACAUAAAACUGCUUAUAUAAAUCAUCUUAAGAGUCAUAUGUAUAGUCAUAAGAAGUCCACUACUAUAAGCUCUAGAAUUGCAGCUUUGAGAAGAAAAUUUGGAUAUAGGAGGAAGAAGAGGAGACUCCGUUUCGGAGCUUUGAAGAAUCGCUGCGAGAUCUGUAGUGACGAUGCUGCUGGUGUGGAGCAUAUGGUAAGUCGUUGCCGUCGUUGCGGCGCUUUCAACUUGCAAUGGUGCGAUGAGUGUUACAAGGGUGGCUACUCAACUGCAUGUCGACUUAAACACCACGAGACUAAGUGCACAGCUACACCUCACACGAGAUGUAAUAAUGUGCCGCGCGUAAGUGUCGAGAAAAUCGGCCCACCGUUGCCACUACAUUGUGUGACUUGCAACGUAACUCGUAUUUUGUACAUGCGUGAGAAGCGUUGUGGGCAAUGUUCGUCUCCAUUGGUGUUUAAAUGCGAGAUGUGCUUCGAGUUGAGGGAUACAUUCGCCGAGCUCGUCGGGCACGUCGCUCGAGCACAUAUUUACGGAUGCCUCGUUAAAUGCAACUACUGCGGCAAAAAUUGCGAGGAUAUAAUUUUGCACCAACAGGUUUGCGAAAGUCAACAGAAGGAAGACGAUAGUGCAGUAAACAUGGAAACAAACCAGUUAUCCGAAGACGAUGACAACAAUGAGGAUACGCCGCACUCUUUAGAUAACCUUGUUCUCGAAUUGGAUGAAGAAUCAGACGAAGAACCAGCUCUAAGGGUAGAGGAAGUGUAAUGAUCGAAUAAGGUUAAUUGUGUAUUAACUUUUAUCUUUUUCUUCAAAAACGUACAUUUUUUCGUGCAAUGAUCGAAACCUGUGAUUUAUAUUGAAAGAUCGAUCAUAAAUUAUUAUUGAAUCGAUAUUAGGUUUGACGAAUUUUUUUAAAUUUCAGGAGAUGUUAUUAAAAAAGGUUAAAACACUCUUGCAUGUAUUAUACUAUCAUUUUUUAUACUACGCUCUUGCUUGUAAUUACUGACUUCAAAAGUGCACUCUGUUUAGGUUGAAUGAUCUUAUAUGUUUUGUAUUUAUAUUAUUUAUACUAUUGUAUAAAUAGUCAUAUAAGCAUAAACAAUUAUGUAUCAUACAUUGACAUGGAUUUGAAAUGACUACAUUUAACUUGUAUUAUACAUCUUACUUAUAUUGUCUUGAUAAUUACAAUUCAUUUUUAUGCUAUUUAUGAUUUUGGAUUUGAAAAAGUUACGAUGAAAAUCAAAUUCAAAUUCAAAUUCACUUUACAGGUAGAGACUACUUGAAAUAACUAACAUAACAAGUCGUUGACAAUUAUCAAUUGCUUCGUUAAAUUGCUUUUUUCUUUCAUUUUUUUGUUGUUAAAAAUUGUUAGAGGUUUUUCUAAGUUCUCUUUUCAGUUCCUUUUUAAGAUUUUAAUUACCUUUUUGUACGAGUAAACGCAAUCAAACGGAAAAAGCGUAUAUAGAAUAUUUAACACAAGAGUUUUUGUAAAUUUGUCUGAUAAAACUACUGUACACUGCUGUAUUCAGUCGAUUAUUUAGUGAACGUGAAUUUUUUCUUCGAAUAACUGUCUAAAUAGAAGAACCAUUGAUUAUAAUAAGCAAACAUUUUGAAAUGAUAGUUUGAGUUUAUGUUGUAGAUCUAUGCUAAUAUAAGAAUAGCACUGAAAAAUACUAAUUUUAUUCAGUAUAUUGCAACUAUAUUACGUUAAACCUUAGGUACUUAUAACUGUAAAUAUGUGUACAGGAAAAUACUCGUAAUAAACAAUGAAUAAAAAUUUGAAAAAUUGUGAUCAUUUGUAUACAAUUUCACGCCAUUCUAUCAAACUAACAAUUCUGAGAAGCAAAGCGUAUCAUAAAUGUAAUAUUUUAGAUGUAGGUAAAUUUCAAUAGACAUUCGAUUUUUGAAUACAUCAGCAUCAGUCGCAAAUAUAA